AUGUCGACCAGAUUUGGCAAGGAUUUCAUGCUUGAAGUGAAGGAGGCGAUGGGGAAGUUGAAGAAGUUGGACGUCAGCGACCUGCCGGGGAGGGAGGGGCACGCAGGGGGCGCGCAGGGAGGGGCGCACAAGAAGGGCGCGCAGGGAGGGGCGCGCAAGAAGGACGCGCAGGGAGGGGCGCGCAAGAAGGACGCGCAGGGAGGGGCGCGCAAGAAGGACGCGCAGGGAGGGGCGCGCAAGAAGGGCGCGCAGGGAGGGGCGCGCAAGAAGGACGCGCAGGGAGGGGCGCGCAAGAAGGACGCGCAGGGAGGGGCGCACAAGAAGGGCGCGCAGGGAGGGGCGCGCAAGAAGGACGCGCAGGGAGGGGCGCGCAGGGAGGGGCGCGCAAGAAGGUCGCGCAGGGAGGGGCGCGCAGAGGGUCACGGAGGUGAGGCCGUUGCACCUGACAACCGCUCGUCGCUCGACAAAAAGUUCGGACCACCCAGUUCAUUGAAGCAGGCCGAAAUAGGAGACGCGUGA